AGUGGAGUUGACAAAAAUUAAAAUUGAGAGAAGAACCAUAAGGAUGAUAGGGAAAGUUGUGCUUCUGAUCAUCUUGAUAAUUGCCAACCAAGCCUUGAAUGGGGAUUGUAGCAGAACGUUGGAACGGCAAAUUAGGCCAAGUAAUGGCAUGGAGGUCUCGAAAGCAAAAGGUCCUGUCUCGCCUUCUGGGCCAUGUCAUCGCACUUACGUUCCCGUUGGUGGGCCUCCUUGUAAAAUUCAUAGGUGAUGCUUGUUUUUCAUGUUUAUUCAAUCUGUGUUGUUAAUAUAUUUCAAGGUUCCCCUAUGUUUGCUGGGAAAAAUAAAAUUCCAGCAAUUGCUGUAUAUAUUUGCUUGAUGUUUGAAGUAGAAUGCUGUAGUUAUUUUCGUUUCUUUUCUUUUCUUGGUAAUUAAUACAAUGUUAUAGC